AUGAGCUCUACUCUCUCGCCAGGAAAGGUGCUGCUUCUCGCAGCACACUAUGCCACGCAUGCAGAUAUUGAGAGCUUGGCCCGCUUGUCCAGUCAGCAGGCCAAAGUGCUACACAAGGAGCUGUUGUUGAGGAUCCUUCUUACAUAUCUUCCUGAAACUAUAAAACCUUCUAUCUAUGUUCCUUUCUUACUCUCACUGGCUAGGGAUAGUCUCGAGGAAUACUCUGGGGGCGUGUUAGACACAGCUCCAGUUGAAGGCUUUUCAGAAGAUGAGGUCUCUAAACGGGCAAGGAAGCUACAUCUUCAACAGCUUACGUGCACUGACACACCCAGUCACAUUCAAAAUGAUCCGAUAAGCAUAUUUCUGAUCCAGAGGUCAUAUAAGAUGGACAGCGAAACUGGGCUUUUAUCACAGGUUCUCAGUCUACUUACUCCCUUUUUAUCUCACUCAUCAGAACUUCGCUCUUGGAUUACGUCAACUGUGGUUCCUUAUGUACGAAGAAACGUGGAAUAUUAUACCGAUGAGAGCCCGCCAUAUUCUCUUCUCGAAUUCCAGAAGCUCCCGGACCCAGCUGCCGUACUAUACUUGCUUUCCCGGACUGGCAGCCGUGAAGGGGAGAAAGGUCUCAUUGGCCGUGAUAUCAGAGGGCUGGUCGGGCCAUGGCUUCAGGGGAAUAAUCGUUGGACCUCAAAAGCAACCGACGACGACAAUCACAACGCCAGCGACGCCGUCUUCUCUGUUGGUUGGGAGCAGUUUCUAGAAUGGCUCACUGAUCAAGCAGUCACUUCAUGGACUGUUGCUGUUGGUGCAAUUGAGCAGUGGGGAGGACCAAAAGAUUUGGAUUUGGGAGAAACGGCCAGUUCAGAACUUACGGAAUCUCAGUUUCAGUAUUUGCUCCAAGGGUAUGCACGAGCGGCUCUUGCAUCCGCAUAUUUAAUUUCCGAAUCUACGGUAGAGGCGUUACCUGGCGCCUAUCAAAUUACGAACCGUGUGAGGUCAUUACUUGACUAUGAUGAUAUCUCUCCAACCCUCGACAUGGCAGUUUCUAGGCUGCCUAUCAUGUCUGAUUUCGAUGCAUCGUCAUUCCUUGGCAUGAAAACUGCGACCUAUAUGAGAAAUGAUCUGCUCAAAGAGAAGAACCCGUUAACUUCUCCCACAGAGGCAGCAAUGACCCUAUUAUUGGCUUUGAUAAUGAGUGCUUCUAUUUGUACUGGCCUAGGAGUGCCUUACUCCGUUAGAAAAGCCGGAGAUUUGGCCUUUAUUCAGGAUCAGCGGGAGCAAAAAGGCGAGAUUGCCAAACUCAUUCGAAGUGCGUCUACUCGAAUUCAAGGCGACGAAGAUAGAUACUGGUCACAAGUGAGAGACAAGGUUCUAUGGUUGAACACUUGGGGUAUCAGUAGAGAUCAGCCUGUCAAUCCUGAAGCCAUCAGGGGUAUCGCUGGGACAGUGUCUACGGAAUUUAUCGAAACUGAGAUACUCAAAGCUCUCCUUUCUAACUCACGUUACGCUCUUGCUAAGAGCAUCUACGAGGACAAUCCCAACAAGCCCCUUGCCGCAGAAAUAAUACAGGACACAGUAUAUCAAGCGGCACUGCGCGCCUUUGACAAUGCUUCCAACCCGAAUCGGUCAAGGGGAGGGCUCAAGAAAUGUGAUGAAAUCAUCCAUUCGUUCCCAGCGACAUUGGACAAGACACAUCCAGCUACCAAGCGUGUGGAGGCCUUGUUACGAUGCACGCAUGCCUUGAGUGAUUAUCGACUUACGCUCAAGCAAGGAGAACCAUUUAAGCCCGUAGUCCUUCGGGUGCACUCUGAUCCAAUAUCCAUUAUCGACAAAGUCCUUGAGCAAAACCCAAAGGCAUACACACGUCUCCCCGAGUUUCUGGAAAUGGCUGCCAACAUGGUCCGCGCCGGUAUAACGCAGCAAGCCCGCUCCGUCAAAUUCGAUUCAGAAACAGGAGACAAUAGCAAAGAGCUACAUCGUGCAGAAAAGCUGAUUAUUGCUUCAUGCGUAGAAGCCGCGCUAAGAGAGGAUGAUUUUGAAACGGCUUACUCCUACGUUGUUAGUCGUCUGGAAUCAUCUAGCUCUGAUGGAAACCAAGCACGCCGGAAAGAAGAUCAAGACGAUUGGUCUUGGAAGGCAGCUCUAAAAGCAGGGCAGUAUAUCCGAACUGAGAGAACUUUGCUGCCAACGCACCUGGGUAUUGCGAGUGGCAACCCCGAGAUCCGUCACCUAGAGCAGCGUAUAGAGUGUCUCGCAACUGCGCUGCGUGUCGCACCCACCUCUCAGCUUCAGGAAAUCCUCAAAACUUUCCGACGGUGUGAAGAGCAGUUAGAUUCCGCCAUUAACGAGGAGGCUGCUGCGGAAGCUUCCUGGGCCGGUGUUGGAGAAGUUCCCGGCGCGUUUGAAUCACAAGCUCCACAGAAUCUACAGCCAGCAAGGAACAUGACGGCUACGGCUGCCUCAAGGCAGGCAGAAGACGCACCAAUGUCCCUUUUCGAUCUCUCGCGGGCAACCGCCAGCGUGGCAUCGCGAAAUUUUACCAAACUGUCCAGUCUAUCAUCCCUCGCGACCUCCAGAACACCGACUUCACCAUCUCCAUCUGAGGAGACGCCGCAGCGGGUGAGGAAGAGGGACCAGCUCAGAGAAGCAGCCACUGGCACGCUUGUUUCUGGAGUUGGUUGGCUGAUAGGGGCAAAUGUCAAUCGAGAAGCGACUGAGACUUAA